AUGAAAGGAUUGCUAAAAGGUUUUAGAUACAUUACUCAAUUAUUUGAAAAUGGGGUGAACUUUAAUUUUGCAGAAAGUGACAAAGAGCCUGAAAUGCAGAUUGGUAUGCCAACAGAUGUAAAGCAUGUGGCUCACAUAGGAUGGGAUGGUCCAUCAGCUGUAAAUUCUACACCCAGCUGGGUAAUGAAUGAGUUCAAAACACCAGCAGGAGGGCUUCAAUCAACACCUUUAGCUCAAGCAGGAGAAGAGAGGUUGAGCCGAAAAGGUUUGAGGGCACAAAGUUCUUCAACAAGAGACAUGCCCGACCUGCCUAAAUCAUCAAAGCGCACUUCAUCCACUAAAGAAAAUGCUUCUUCAACAAAGCAAUCGAAGAAGCCUUCCAAGUCGACUAGAAAACCCAAGGAUGCAAGCCAAACAACCGAGACAACCACAAAAGACUCAAAGAAAAGUAGGCGAAAGAAGGUGAAAGACAUGGGUGGUGAAGGAAGCUCCAGGCGGUCCAGAACCACCCAGGAGUCGGAUACUCUGUCCGAGGCAGGGUCCCUAAUCAGUUGUGAUUCAGAGUUUGUAGAAGGGGAGGGUAAUUGA